CCGCCUUGGGCCGUGUCACGUGGUAGCCAAAAUGGCUGCGCCCGGGCGACUUGAGCGAAGGUUGGAGUGAGCACUCGCGUGGCUGAUGGAGGCAGUGACUGCUGGUCGGAGAGCGUAAGGUACCGGCAUUCCGGGUAAAAGGGUGCAGUAAAAGAUACACAUUAUUGAAAAAUGACAUUUUAAUUUAAGGCUCAAGAUGGAAAAUCAUAAACCAGAUGGUACUGUCAAGAAGAACUUAAUUGAAAUCAUAACCAGAAAAAUUAACCAACUUCCAGAAGCAGAAAGGAAUCUGCUUGAAAAUGGAUCAACAUAUAUUGGACUUAAUGCUGCCCUCUGUGGCCUAAUAGCAAAUAGUCUCUUUCGACGCAUCCUACAUGUGACACAGGCUCCUGUAGCUGCUGGCUUACCAAUGGCAGUGAUCCCAUUUUUGAUGGCACACGUAUCUUUCAAAGGUUUUGUAAGUUUACCUUUGAAUACAGAACUAAUUUAUUUCCUAGGUGAUUUACAUUGUGAAACCUGUACCAUAACACGAGGUGGACUGGUUGGUCUUGUUGUUGGUGGCCUGUACCCUGUUUUCUUGGCUAUCCCUGUGAAUGGUGGCCUAGCAGCCAGGUAUAACUCAGCCCUGCUACCCGAGAAAGGAAACAUCUUAAAUUACUGGAUUAGGAUUUCUAAGCCUGUCUUUAGAAAGAUGUUAUUUCCCAUUUUGCUCCAGACUGGGUUUGCAGCAUACCUUGGGUCUAGACAAUACAAACUACUUAUAAAGGCUCUUCAGUUACCUGAACCUGACCUAGAAAUUCAGUGAUGGUUAAGCAAAUCUGUACACAAAAAUAAAACUGUAAAAAUAACCUACAUCUAAGUAUGAAUAAAUAAGACUUGUAAUUUAUUACAUGAGGUACAAUUCUGGGAUCUACAACAAAAGGCUGAAUAAAUUAUUCAACACUA